AUGGCUGAUACGGGACGCGGUGAAUUGGACGUUGUGAUUUCAGACUCACGUGGUGGUCCGUUACCGGUUCGUUGCUACAAACAACAUGAUGAUAGUUACUGGGUUGAAUUUACGCCCGAAACUAUUGGACUUCAUAAAAUCGAAGUGACAUUUGCGGAUGUACCAAUAGUUGGCAGCCCAUUCAGAUGUGAAGUGAUUGAUCCGAGAAAAGUUUUUUUCAAGGGAAUCACCGAACCAUUCAUUCUACGGCAGCCUAGUACCAUUACUGUGAAUCGCCAGUUAGCAGGUAACGGUGAAUUGGCUAUUGAACUGCUUGACCCACUGAAUGAGCCAGUGAAACUGGACAUGCACAAGAAUGCGGAUGGUGAUGAUGUCGUCGAAUUUACACCAACCAGAACUGGCCAGUAUAAGCUGAACGCUAAAUUGGCCGGAUUCCUUGUUAAUGGGACGCCACAUACACUGGUAGUUGAGGAGCAGGGUAAGCCAACGGUGUAUGGAACAGCAAUCGAGCGUCCAGUCGAAGUGCAACGCCCAACGAGCAUCAUCUUUGAUGCCAAAAAUUGCAGAGGUGGCCUGAAGAUUGAUGUCCGAGGCCCGAAAAAAACGAAAAUUCGUCAUACGGUAAACAAAAAUCAGGACGGAACAACAGAAAUUUUGUUUACACCGUCGGAGGUCGGCCGUUUUACGGUCCACAUUGAACACAACAAUCGAGCUGUUGCGGGAAGUCCAUUUGAGAUCGAAGUGCUGGAUCCCCAAAAAGUUAUUGUAAAUGACCAAAUGACCGAUGAGGAUGGAAUGUAUCAAUUUGCGGUGCAGCAACGAAAUGUCAUCGACGUUGAUGCUACUGCCGCCGGAUCUGGAAAACUUCGCGCGGAAGUUCGCGAUUGGGACGGCAAAUCGAUGGGUGGUUGUGAUGUGGAAUCGCUUGGAUAUGGUAAAUAUCGUGUGGCAUAUUAUCCGCAUCAACCGGGAAAAUAUGGAAUUUACUUGUACUGGUCGGAUAUGGCGGUCCAGGGAGCGCAACCACUGCACGUGAUUGCUGAGGGUGAGCAACCAUCAACCUCACGUGCCGUCCCGCUUACGAACGCCGUCACGGAUGCAUCACAUGGCUCGAUUCGAUCACGAUCUGAGGAUCGCUCAAUGCAAGAGGAGGAUGGAUCGGAGCAUUUGCGUGUGGUUCUUCGUGGUGACGGUCUAACACGAGCUGCCAUUAAGGAACAAGCAGAAUUUAUUGUUGAUGGAUCGGAUGCUUCCAGAGAGGGUCAGUUGUCCUGUUCAUUGAUUGGACAAAAAGCAGAUAUUCCGGUGCGCCUGACACAUCUUGGUAAUAACGUUUAUAAGGCAGUUUAUACGCCACUAAUACCUGGCACAUAUGAACUGCAGGUAUUAUGGGACGGCCAUCAUGUGCGUGGCUCGCCAUUCCGGGUUCAAAUUGAUGCGCAUUCAAGCGCUGCUGAAAUGAUCAGUGUUGAUGCGAAUACACUGAAAAUGGGUAUUAUCAAUGAGGAUCAACUAUGUUUGUGUUGUUCAGGUCAAUUAUCAGCUCAGUGCAUGGGACCAACAAAACUUGCAUAUUGCGAGCUUUACGACCAUCGUGAUGGUACUUAUACGCUAUCAGUGAAACCUUCUGAAAUUGGCAAACAUACACUUGUGGUGAAAUAUUCGGACGAACAUGUGCCAGGAAGUCCGUUUAAUUUUAAUGUUUCUCACCCACCGGAUGCGUCAAAAGUUCGCGUUUUUGGACCAGGAAUCGAGCAUGGAAUUCUUUCUGUGUUCAAAUCGAAUUUCAUUGUGGAAACGAAGGGUGCUGGUGCUGGACAGCUUACGGUGGAAGUGAAAUGGCAUGGUGAACAUGUACCUGGAUCGCCAUUUUUGGUGAUGAUCGUUGAUACGGAGCAGGAGUUGCAGCGAUUUUUGCGCGGUGAUGCACCAUCACCACAACCGGCAACACCGUUCAUCCCACCCGGUUGGGUU